GGUUGGCUUAUGUCACACUUGGCGCCGUGUUCGCCUUUUCAAUAUUCAUGUGCUCGAUGCCAUUGUAUUGGAACAAUUUCCCAAACGAAAGAUUCAAUUCCUGCAUUCUUUUAACCCUGACAUUGCCGUACUUCAGCUAUCUCCUCGUUCCCGCGUUUGCAGUAAACGUCUUCUUCCUGGUUUUCAUCUACUUCCAGGUGUACAAGGUCGCUACCGCAAAACUCAGUGACAAUACGAAAACGAUGAAGAUGGUUGCCGUGAUUUUGACGAGUCACGCUGUCUGCUGGUCCCCGCAUUUGGUGUCCACGUAUGUCCUCAUAAACGACGCUCUGCCAAAGAAAAACCAGAGUGCUGUGUACCACAACAUGGAACUCUACACCCUUUACCAUUGGUUGUUGCUGUUGGCCUUAUCAAGCUCCUUCUUAAAUGCUUUGUUGUACUCGUGGCGAAUGCCAGACUUCCGCAAAGCAAUUAAUGAGAUCAUUUACCAAACGAAACCAGAAAUGACAAUGUAUUUGGUGACAGAGAGAGAUUUCUCAUCAAAACCCUGUUCGCCAAGCCUCAAUCAUCCAUGAAUGUAUAUUUUGGUAAUUUAUUAUAGAAAUUUUAUUUAAAGACGGUCUUUGACGACGUUUCUGAGCACACUAAUCGAUUCUUGAAGGUUGAAUUAGGUAAAGUGGAUAUUUUUUCAGAACAAAAAAGUCCAGCGUGACGUGCGAACUUUUUUUCCCGCCAAAACAAUAUGAACGUAUAUGCGAGAACUGCGCAUGCGUCAGAGCUGGUUUGAGCACUUGCAGAAUGACUUAUUUGUCAAAUCCAGCCAGCUCUGACGCUUGCGCAGUUUUCGCAUAUAGAUUCAUAUUGUUUUGGCGGGAAAAAAGUUCGCACGUCGCGCUGGACUUUUUUGUUCUGACAAAUAUCCACUUCACCUAAUUUAACCCUCAAGAAUCGAUUAGUGUGCUCUGAAACUUCUUCAAAGACGGUCUUUAAGCCAAUAAAAUAAUAUAUUUUGAUUAUUUAAAAGAAAGCUGCUCUCAGAAGAAAUAAAAUUAACUGGGAUAGAGGUACUAAAAUCUUGGCGAUCUCACAACGCCUUGCAUAGAAUUGGAGAUUGUGCCGCCGAGCAGUACUUCAAUGCGGGUAGCGGGUUUGCGUCUCUCUCAAACCACAAAGAACCGAUGAGUUUUUUUAUGUGCUCAAUAACCAAAGACUAUAUUUUGAAGAGCGGAUUUUUGGAAAUUCUAAAAUAUCGUUGCUAAAAAAUUUAAAAGACUUAAUAUUUGCUUACAAAAAAGAUGAAUGUUAAAACCUGCAUAGUGCACGUUUAGUUUUUUUCCAAUUAAUUCAUCCAUACAAUUUUUCAUAGACCGAAAGAUAUCUUAACAUUUUAAAACAAGGGAAAAAUAAGAAAAAUUAAAAAAGAGAAAGAUAUUUACUAAAUUUGAAAAAUCCAAAGAAAGAAAAGAUGUAGUUUUAGCUGCUAUAGUGAAAAUCUCU